AUGGCUCGAGCUGCUGUCAUCCCCGCUACUUCACCCCCAAAACGGGGCGCCCGCACGACGAAACGCACAACCGCAAAGACGACAACGACGGCAUCCAGAUCUGCGACGAGCGGAGUCACAAAACCAGCACCAAGGACAAGGACAGCUACAGCUUCGACGGUUGCGAGCCAAGCGAAGAGGGGUGUGCGAUCAAUUUCUAAGCCGACCAAUGAUGAUAACACAGACAAUGAGACGGAUGAUGAGAUCGGUGUGAUCGAACAGCAGAAACCAAAAACCACAAUCUCUAAGCCACGGGGACGGCCACCUACGAAGACAGCUUCUACCAGUACUUCGCGUGGUCGGAAGGUCACGGCGACCGCCGCUGCCGCAGAUACUGAUGACAGCGAAGAAGAUGAACUGGCCCAGGCGGAAGAAGCCCCGAAGAAACAGGCUGGACGACCGAAGAAGCAAAUCCCCAAGGAAGAAGAGGCCCCGAAAUCCGAAUCGGCUCCCCGACCCCGAGGUAGACCCAAAGGAUCUACGAAUAAGACCACGAAAGCCGCGACCGCUGAAAAGGAGAGCUCAUCCCGGACCCGGGCAAGAGCUGGUACAGACGUGAAUUCAGCCGGAGGUCCCAAGGAGGUCUUCAUAACAACAAACUCUACCAUGAUGAAAUCUAACCUUUUGCGCGGCCCGGCGAAGAAGAAGAAAGUCACCUUUCAGGACUUGUCGGACUCUGAGGAUAUGCUCGAACCAUCCCCUCCUGCCGGCAGGAAAAGAGCGACUGCACCAGGAAGACAAACAGGCCUUGCGGCUAAGCCAGCUCGCAAAACUACCACUACUUCAGCCAGAGGUCGGAAACCGGCAGCGACCAAGAAGACUGCAUCGAAGCCUCUGUCGCCUAAGAAGGCAACCCAGGUCCCCAAGUCUUUAUCUUCAUAUGUCAGCUCCGACGGUGAAGAUGAUGAACUGAGUGGCGCUAAGAGUCCGAUCAAGCUUGUUGUCCACUCCCCCCAGAAACACGGAUCAGAAACCACCGGAUUAAGCUCGCCCGUGAAGAAAAUCAACUUCACCACUGCCCAGUCGCCCAAGAAUGUCGAUGAGAAUGGAGAACCCGUGUCUCGUCCGCGUCGAUCCAUCGACUUCAACGAUACAGCGUUCAUGUCCAGCCCUGCUCGCCGACCAACUCCGUCGCCCUUCAACUAUACCAUUAGGGAGACACCUAGGCGGGCUGGGAUUGCUUUUCGCGAUGAUACAAAGCCAACUGCUCAACCAAACUUUACACCAAUGCAGGAGUCGCCUCUGAAGCUCUCUCCCAAGAAGGCAAAUCUGGGCACUCCCCGGCUGGGUGGUUUAAGCGUUCCCGAUGAUCAGCCAUUGUCUCAGCCUAAUUUCACACCUGGAAAGUAUUCACCAUUAAAAUCGUCACCUAAGAAAGGCCUCUUCGGAUCGUCCCUUAUAUCACAGGCCCUCCCGCAGGAAUCUUCUACCCCCUUCAAGUCUCGAAGUCUCCUGAUGAGUCCUGCCAAGAAGAUCGCUUCUCCGUUCAAGAGUUCCAUUUUCGGAAAGACUUGCCCUCUUCCGGAAAGUCCUCAAUCUGCACAGAAUGGGCAGGAACUUGAUGCGACAAAUGUUGAGCCGGCUCAUGAAACACCCCUCCGAGGUGCGGAGCAGGACGAAGAAAUUGAAGCUAACGACGACACGAAUGUUCAAAAUGCGAUAGAUCGAGACCCCGAGGACGUGGAGGCCGACUAUCCUUCAGGAGACAAGGGUCAUGAGCAUGACUUGAUUGUGACUGCCGAUAUGGGUGCCGAUCAGCCGCCACCAGACCUCCAAGAUGACCAGCCUGAACAUCUUGAAGAGGCGGGGACCGAAGAGGACAUGGCACCUAUCGAUGAACCAGAACCAGCUUCAACCGAUCAUGAUGAUAUCAGUCAUGAUGAGCCUGAGACAGAGCUAGGCAACAAGGAAGGGAGUGGUUUCAAAGAGCUUGAGCUCAUUGAGCAACUUGACAACAAAGAAGAGGGCGAUUUGCAGGAGCCAAUGGAUGUGGUCGAAGAGAAAACAACGCCACUUGAGCACGAUGCUAAUGGCGAGGACGCUGAAAAGGUUGCGGAGCCUGAAGGUCAUUUUGAGAUGACCGAAGGGAUCGACGAACUUCCAGCGGAUUGGACCUCUGAUAACGGCGAGGAAGACCAAGAGCAUGAUGAAGCCAUGACCGACAUACAAGCUGCUCCAGUUGUACAAGAGCAUGCUGAGCCCUUCCAGGACGAGUCUUCCCCCAUUUCAGAUGAAAAAGAACCCAAUGAUCUGGGAAACAGCCCAGACUUUGAAGCAAAUACGCCACCCGCCUCCCCAUUGAGCCAGGACAUGACCGAGGGACUUGAGGAUCCAUUUACCGACGGAUACCUCGCCAAUGAAACUCGGGUAAUUGCCCAGGAAGUGGAGGACGAUGAAGAGACAGCACCUGCUGUGGAUGGCGGUUGCGAUGAUAAAAGGACUAGGGAAGAUCGUAGCACAAACUCUGCCACGAAUGACGAAGAAUCUCUUCUGAUGUUCGAUGCUACCGACCACGGCUCAUCGCAGCCCCAAGCUCUUACACCUUAUGAGAUCGACGAGAGAAGAGACAGCAUAGCUUCUCAAAAACUGCAGCAUUACCUUCCAUCAGCACCCUCUCCGCCGAAAACGACUGAAUUCCCUGGAUUCCCUGAAUACCGUGACCCUGAAGACCACAUGGAGUCCAUUAUGGAGGAUACAGUGUCUGUGGCUGAAUCGACAACCGAAUUGUCUAUCCACACUGAGAAGGAGCCCACGUCUUUAAAAGAGAGUCAAUUACCUCAGCGUCCAGAGAGACGCCGUAGUAGUGGCCCUCGGUUCACCCUGUUGGCAGAGCAGCUCAGUGGAUGGAAAGCUAGCAGCCCAGAGAAGUCCGAAAAGGCGCGUCCACGAAAAAGAGGGGUGUUCUCCCUAGCUGGUAACUUUAAGAGACCCAGCGAUGCCUUCAGCAUCACAAGUGAUGUGGCUUACCCAGCUCUUUCACUGGAGGAGCCCCUUCUCCCCAUCGAUUCGCAGGAAGUCCAAGUUAAAGACGAGGGCCCGACAAUUUUCGAAGACCAGCAUGCUGAGCCGGGCACAAUUGAAGACGAUAUCCAGGAAAAUUCGGAGCUUACCAGACAGCCUUUGUUUGAAAUAUUCAGUGAUGCACAGGCGGAUGCAUCCGAAGGGGGUAUGGAACAUACCCCAGCCGCCUCAAGCAAGGGGAAUAGUCCCGCAUGCUCCCCUCCCUCCGCCCACGAGCCGACCUUGGAGGAAGAAAAGGAAAACCAGAAUAGCCUUCUUCCUGCUCCCGCUACUCCGGCUAAGAACAUUAGCAAUCAAAUGACGUUUCAUACGGUCUCAAAGGUGCCUCUAAAGCCAGAGGGACAGAUAUCACCUUUGAAGAUGCCCCGGAAAAGAGGUCGUUCUCUUUCAAUGGCUUCUCCCCUGCGGUCUUCUCCAAGAAUUCGGAACAUUAUUGCCUCCAGGGAACAGAACCCUUCCGCUGCGCCUUCUCCUCGGCCCCAGCGAGUCGCCACCCCACAGUUGAAGUCUCCCAAUAUUUCCCGUGUCAGGAGGAGCAUAUCCCGCCAUUCUGGGGUUACCAAGGCGGCUUCCCGGUCUCCUAGCUCAUCCAAGACACCAGGACGAAACAUAAGCGCCUGUGAACAGGUCCUGCGGGGGGCUGUAGUAUAUGUGGACGUCCAUACUACGGAAGGGGAGGAUGCUAGCGGAAUCUUCGUUGAAUUACUCAGUCAAAUGGGAGCCAGAUGCGUGAAGAACUGGGCAUGGAAUCCGCGUGCAAGUUUAUGUCCCCAGGACGAGCAGGAGCCCAAGGAUGGUAGGGUUGGAAUCACCCAUGUCGUCUACAAGGAUGGCGGCGUGCGAACACUGGAAAAGGUUCGACAGGCUGGUGGUGUCGUGAAGUGUGUUGGAGUCGGCUGGGUUCUUGAGUAUGUCAUCCUUCUCCAGCGCUUGCCGAAGCAUACUAACGUGGUCUAG